AUGCACUCAAAACUCGCUCUCCCCCCUUCCCUCCCCUACUGAGCCCUCCUUUUUCUCCUUCCCUAGGCUCUGCCCCCGCCCUCUUCUCCUCUGUCAAUGGAGAAUGCCUUGAACCAGACAAAUAUACCUACAUUUCAAAGCAAAGAAACAAAGACCCACCAAAGUCCUUUGAUAGGAAAUGCAUUGCAUGAACCUUUACCUGCUAGUUUCCAAAGAAACCGGGGCACCAGAAGGAAACGAAGAGAGUACUUGAAGGCUAAAAAGAAGGAUCACCUGAGUGAAAAACAAGGAGCAGGAGGAGAAGAAGAAGAUGACGACGACGACGACGACGACGACAAGGCAGAAGUGAAGAGAAAGAUUGUGGCAUUGCAAAGGAUUGUUCCGGGAGGUGAGUCUUUAGGGGUUGACAAGCUGUUUGAAGAGACUGCUGGGUAUAUAUUAGCUUUGCAGUGUCAAAUUAAAGCCAUGAGAGUUCUUUCCUGCUUUAUCGAAGGCUUGGAGAAACAGAAAAGAAAGCUCGGAGGUUGAUUAUAGACAGACUACUUACUUUGAUCUCUCUGGUUCUGUGACAAACCAAUUGUAUUUUUUUUUUUGGCUUUAUCUUGUUUAUUCUUUCUUUUCUUUUUUGUUUUUGCCUUUUUGUUUUUAAUUUUAUUUAAGAUGGUGAAAGAGAGCAAGAUCCUACAUUCCCAUAUUCA